GAGCGGUCGUGUUCCUCAACAAGAUGCCGCGACCGGGAGGACAGGAGAACGCCUAAAGGUGCGCGAUGCAACUCAUGCGGAAAAAAGUCGCUGCGCGUUGUUCCCCCAGGCCGGUGGCGCAAAAAGUGCGGCAGAAGUGCGAAGACCGCGGCGAACCCAGCACGCUCGUGGUUCUUCAGCUUCCAGCCGUUGGGUUCGUCUGUGGCAGAAUGUCGCGCGGUUGUCGCAACCAGCGGGGCCAGAUACUAUCCGAAAGCGGUGCGGCGGAGCCUGGUCCUUCAUCUGGAAAGGUGAUGGCCCAGAACAAGAGAAAUAGCACAGCGCGCCAUUUUCCCUGUGCGCCGCCCUCGCCCUUUGGUAGGUUUAGCUGGGGCCGAAGGAUUUGCGGGGCCUGCCCCUGUGCUUUUUACGUCCCGGGGGGCCGAGUGCCGACGCCCGUCGCCGUCUCCGGGCCUUUCAUUGUCGCGCAGCCGCCCCGCCCUGGCGCUCAUGCGCGGCGCCGGAUGGGGCUGGCCCUGCCCGUGGCAUGCCAGCCUGCCGCGGCGGGUCUUUGUCGUGUUUGUGUAUUUACUGCCAAGUCCGACGCAGAAGAAUCGCAGCCCAAUCCUAUCUAGCCCAGGCGCGCCCGCCGCGGCGGCUGGACCACAGACACGCGCCCCAGCAGCACGAGCACUGCAAGGCGCGUCGGACUUGCCAUUGGCGCGGAGGCUCGGCAGGAGACGGGAGCCCGCCCGCCAGUUUCCUGCAUGGGCGCCAGGAAUUUAUUGUGCCCGCCCGGUGAUGAACAUCGGACGGUGCGUCAGCGUUAAUUGAAUAAAUGUGGCCACUUUGGUCCGAUAGUUCUUAGCUUGUGUGG